GCUGGAGAAUUCCGACUACCUGAUCGCGUGUGGAGACAUGCACAUAUAACGAGCAUUGGCUUUUUUCAAGCAAUGCUGAUUUCGCAAGUUACACGGAUGAAUACGGAAGUAAACUGCAAGGAAUAAAGCAUCCGAUUCACAUUUGUCUGCAUUCAGUGACUCCGUCGUCUGUCUGUGCGUGAAGGCUUAGGAGCCCUUUGGAUCUAAAAGAAUUCCAAGGUGUUGCCGUGCAGCGACGAAAGCUACAAAGACGCAUAACCUACUGUUGAGCUCGUCGGUACUUUGAUACAUCUGGGUAUCUCAUCUGGUACGACAAUGGCAGCUAUUGAGUCUGUGAAAAGGAAAAUUCAGACACUACAACAACAAGCCGACGAUGCCGAAGACCGUGCCGAAAGUCUUCAAAGAGAGGUGGAUGCCGAGAGGCAGGCCAGAGAAAGGGCUGAGGCUGAAGUCGCUUCCCUUAACAGACGUAUCCAGCUGGUAGAGGAGGAGUUGGACCGCGCCCAGGAGAGACUGGCCACAGCGCUGCAGAAGCUGGAGGAGGCGGAGAAGGCUGCUGAUGAGAGCGAGAGAGGCAUGAAGGUCAUUGAGAACAGAGCGACAAAGGACGAGGAGAAGAUGGAGCUUCAGGAGAUGCAGCUGAAGGAAGCCAAACACAUCGCUGAGGAGGCCGACCGCAAAUAUGAGGAGGUGGCCCGUAAACUGGUGAUCCUUGAGGGUGACCUGGAGCGCUCUGAGGAGAGGGCUGAGGUGGCUGAGGCUCGUGUCCGAACAAUGGCGGAGGAGCUUAGAGUCAUGGACCAGAACAUGAAGUCCAUGAUGUGCGGAGAGGAUGAGUACUCACAAAAGGAAGACAAAUAUGAAGAAGAAAUCAAAAUCCUUACUGAAAAACUUAAAGAGGCCGAGACCCGUGCUGAGUUUGCUGAGAGGUCUGUGGCCAAGUUGGAGAAGACCAUUGAUGACUUGGAAGAGAAACUGUCCCAUGCCAAAGAGGAGAACCUGGGCAUGCACCAAGUGCUGGACCAGACUCUGCUGGAGCUCAACAAUCUAUAAAGCAAGCUCUAAUGCUACUACCAUCCAGGACAAGAGUCUGAAACCACACUUAGCUUUACAAAAUAUUAAAGAAAAAAAAGAAAAAAAAAGAAAAUACAAACAAAGAAAAAAGGUCCAAGUGCAUCACAGCCGGCAUUUUACAUACAGUAAGCGCGCACUUCAGAGAGUUCCAUUGAAAUUGGAUACUAAAUGUGAAAAGCUAUAACUCAGACAUUAUGGCAUUUCUGAAGCAUUUCUUGUAGGGAUCAAGCAUGUGGACGGAUCAACACCAAAAUCUCAUGCAUGAAAUCCAAACUACCAGCUUGUUGCUGCCACCCAAGCCAAUAUCAGUCGUGCUGUACCAAAACGCCACCUAAUUUUUUGUGUGUGUGCAGCUAGUAGACUGUUAACAACAUUAUAUUUCGGUUCAGUAUCUUUCUUCCAUUUCUUGACUGUAUUGAACACUACCAAAUCCAAAUGUGCUGGCAUCGCUUUGUGCUCUCUUUCCCUAACCACUCUUUUUCUGACAUUUUGUCUGCUUUUUUUGCUCUGAGUCUUAAGAAGAUUUUACUGUAUCACAGGCUAAAUGUAUUACAGUAAAAUGAAAGCGCUUGGUGUUCUUUGUGGCCCUCAAUCAGGUUUUUUGACCAGAACUUGAAUUCAAUUGAUGAAAGAAAUGCAGUAAUUUACAAUUUGGCUAAUCCCAUACACUUCUAUACAGUUCUAGAAGUUUGUAGAAGAUGAAUGUCUGUACCAGUUGGAAUAUGGUACUGAUAUAGAAGGCUACACUUGCAAACAUGAAAAAUAUUUGUUCCAGUGUAAUGCAACAACUUAUUCCACAUUGUUUUGGUACUUAAAGUCUUAAAUAAUUGCUUUAACUUACUGAAAGAUUCUUGUGAGGUCGCCAGUGAAAUUUCCUUCUUGAUUGGCUACUUGCCUGUUAAGCAUUUACUUUGUUGUUGUCUCUCAAUUUGUAUUAAUUGGAACGUCCCUCUAAGCUAUAUUGUCAGGGGUCACAGUCCUUUGAGCCUUAUUUAGUAGAUAUAAUGUUCUACUUCAUCCUUUUGUAAAUUCUGAAAAAAAAAUACAUUUGAAAUUUGCAAGUAGAUUAAAGGGAAUUGAUCACUUUUGAAAAGAAAUCAAUAAAUUUUAACCUUUGUAUUUGAUAUUUUUUUGCCCUUUUACAACCCACUUAUGUAUUCUAUGCAAAUUGUUAUGUACGCUCUUUUAAGAUGGGAAAAAUAAAGGCAACGGCAAUGGCUAA